AUGGCGGAGCUGCUGCCCGGGGUGGGGGGUUCUCGGCUCAUCUCGCCCUGGGCCAGCCAGUGCCCCCCAAGGAGCUGCUCAGCUCUGCACCACGCCACACUCGGUGAAUCUCCGCCCCCCGAGCAGGAGAAUAAAAUCGCCAGGUCCAGCCCGGAGGCUUCAGAAACCGAGUUACAGCCACACUGGGCCGGGGAGCCGGACUCUGGCCGGGGAGCCGGAGCAACGCCCGCUGCACUGAUGGCAGCAUUCCUCACAGCCAGUCUGAGUGUCCUGACGUCAGACGGGAGCCCCUUCGCCUCUGGCCCCGAGUGGAGCAGUCCCAUGGGGGCUCCCUGCCUGCUGGGGCCCCUGCCGGCCUGUGGCAGGUUCGGUGUCCCUGCUGGGGAGGGGGCCGCGGGGCUCGGGGACAGCAUCCAACCGGCCAGGAAGAACCAGCAUGUGUCCAACGUGUCAGUGCAGCUGGAGAUGCGGAGCCUGUGGGAGGAAUUCAAUAGCCUGGGCACCGAGAUGAUUGUCACCAAAGCGGGGAGGAGGAUGUUCCCCACCUUCCAGGUGAAGCUCUCAGGGCUGGACCCGCUGGCCGACUACGUGCUGCUCAUGGACUUCAUGCCCCUGGACGACAAGCGAUACAGAUACGCCUUCCACAGCUCCUCAUGGCUGGUGGCUGGCAGAGCAGAUCCGGCCGCGCCCGGCCGCGUCCACUUCCACCCCGACUCGCCCGCCAAGGGCGGCCAGUGGAUGAGGCAGAUCGUCUCCUUCGACAAGCUCAAACUCACCAACAACCUGCUGGACGACAACGGCCACAUCAUCCUGAACUCCAUGCACCGGUACCAGCCCCGCUUCCAUGUGGUGUACGUGGACCCACGCCGGGACAGCGAGCGCUUUGCCCACGAGAACUUCAAAUCCUUCACUUUCGCAGAGACCCAGUUCAUGGCGGUGACGGCCUACCAAAACCAUCGGAUCACACAGCUGAAAAUCGCCAGUAACCCCUUUGCCAAGGGUUUCCGGGACUGCGAGCCAGACGACUGGUAA